AUUCCCCGACCCAUGAAUGCUUUCAUGGUGUGGGCGAAAGAUGAGAGGAAGAGGCUGUCUUUGCAGAAUCCCAACCUUCAGAACACGGAGCUCAGCAAGCUAUUGGGCCGGUGUUGGAAAUCACUUACCGUGGUGCAGAAGCGGCCAUACAUCCUGGAAGCAGAGAGGCUGCGGGUGGAACACAUGCUGGAGUAUCCCAACUACAAGUACAGGCCACGGCGAAAAAGCCAAACCCGUGGCCCCUAUAGGAAUGGCAUUUCUGUACACAGAGAUAGCACUGAUCAACAGAUAAUAGCAGGCCAUCAAGACAAGGAACACCCCAUUAACACACAGGCUUUGGACCAAAUCACACCCCCAAGCCUUCCCCCAGAAAUAAAUUCACCAUCCAGCAAGCAGGAAAUGUUCCCCUUUAGGAAACAACCUCCAGUCACCAACGGGCAAUUUACUCACCCACCAUGCAUUACAGAAAUGAAGAGUGGGUUGACAGGGAUGGACUGGUCUAUGUCUCAUCCAAUUUAUAACCAUCCUCAACCCAAUUGGAAUUUAUACUGCCAAACCCAACAGAUGAACCCAGUGUCCGCACCCCAUGAUACAACGCUGUGUUCCCACAACACGGAGGGACCCUCUCCAUUGCUUGGAACUUUAGCCCAUUGCUGUGGUCAGGUGUGUCAAGCUCCACAACCAAUGAAUGACUUGGAAACUCUGGACAAUUUGUGCUAUGCUGAACUUCUAGCUGAUGUGGAUCGGAAUGAGUUUGACCAGUACCUCAACAACGACUCCUGGUCUGAUCCACUUGGCCAUCUACUGAAUGAAAAGGUCUUUGGGAACAAUGACACUGCUGAAACUGAUCUUGUGUCUGUGUUGGCUGACAUGAACACAGCCUGUUACAAUACCAUUUCCAGAUUCAUUUGA